UUGGAAAUUUAUGUUAAAUACGUUGGGGUGAUGAAAAAUAACCUUCAAAAGGAUUGGUAUAAUGAUUUAGGUGAUAAUGGGCAUAAUUCUAGAGUUACCAAUUUUUUUGGAGUUACUCAAGAUCCACAGAUAAGAGAUUUUAUGCUUGUCAUCGAUUUUGUGCGAGAUGGAAAUUUACAUCAAUUUCUAUUGAAUCAUAAUGAGUUGAAUUCUACCAAGAUGCAGCCAGGGCGGCCCCCCCUAAGUGCGG